UGAAACAGAGAUGGAAAGAGGAAAGUGUGGAGAUAAACACUGUGAUCUCAGUCCUAAUGUACAUUCAGAUCAUAUUUACAGAGCUUUAAUAUGACCAAGAAGACCUUUUUUGAGCCUAAACACUGAAAAGUGGGGAUUUUCCGUUCCACCUUAACCUAAAUGAUGUAACCGUUGCAUUCUGGCGCCUCAUAACUGCUACGUGGUUUAAGGUGGAACGGAAAAUUCGAAUAGUAGCCGGGUGAAAUUAGCUCUUCUAGUGCAGAUUUUAGGUAAAACCACCCGAUCUGUGACUAAAUUUGACUGCUAAUGUUCUGCAUCAUCGAAUAUAAACGCGCCCAGAUGCGGUUUGAGAAGAUUUCAGGAGGAAAUCCGCAGAUUAGCAGCGAUGCUAACACACGCAACACGCUAUCGGACUACAUUACCCAUGAUGAACCGCGCUGUCCGAUUCGAGGAAACUGUCGAUGACAACAUCCGGAAAGUGAACUGGCGUGCUGCUGACAGGCUGCGCUCCGAUCACGGAUUGAUAUCGCUACCGAUAAUCAUCGAUAAGGCGAUCAGGGAGGGACGAUGCCCGGCGCGGAUAAGGAGACGGACCUGUGCGAGCGGAUCGAGGCGUUCCUGGCGGAGCUGAAACGCGGAGGCCGGGGCUCCGGAGAGACCGCCCGCAGCACAGCGGCGCUGCUGCGCCGGAUCACCGCACAGGCGCGCUGGAGCAGCGCAGGUGACCUGAUGGAGAUAAUCCGUAAAGAAGGCAGGAGGAUGACCGCCGCUCAGCCCUCAGAGACCACCGUGGGCAACAUGGUCCGCCGAGUACUCAAGAUCAUCCGAGAGGAAUACGCGAGGUCCCGGGGCAGCAGUGAGGAGGCGGAUCAGCAGGAGUCUCUGCACAAACUGCUGACGUCCGGCGGCUCCAGUGAGGAGAACUUCAGGCAGCACUUCGCUCCCCUCAAAGCCAACGUCAUCGAGGCCAUCAACGAGCUGCUGACUGAGCUGGAGGGCACCACAGACAACAUUGCCAUGCAGGCUCUGGAACACAUCCACUCUAAUGAGGUCAUCAUGACCAUCGGCCGCUCGCGCACAGUGGAGGCCUUCCUGAAGGACGCAGCGCGCAAACGCAAAUUCCACGUCAUCGUUGCAGAGUGCGCCCCCUUCUGUCAGGGUCACGAGAUGGCCACCAGUCUCUCUAAAGAUGGGAUCGAGACCACGGUGAUUCCUGACGCCGCCAUAUUCGCCGUGAUGUCCAGAGUCAAUAAGGUGAUUAUUGGUACUCAGACGGUUCUAGCUAACGGAGGACUGAGAGCAGUGAACGGAACCCACACACUCGCGCUCGCCGCCAAACACCACUCCACUCCGCUCAUCGUCUGCGCUCCGAUGUUCAAGCUCUCACCUCAGUUUCCUAAUGAAGAGGACACGUUCCACAAGUUUGUUUCACCACAUGAAGUGCUGCCCUUCACUGAAGGUGAAGUCCUGUCGAAGGUGAACGCUCACUGUCCGGUGUUCGAUUACGUUCCUCCAGAGUUAAUCACGCUGUUCAUUUCCAAUAUCGGCGGAAACGCUCCGUCCUACAUCUACCGGCUGAUGAGUGAGCUGUACCACCCGGAGGACCACGAGCUGUAAUAAAGACGUAAAUAAAGCCCUGACCAAA